AUGAAGAGCAGCUUCAAAGUCAUCAUCGUCGGCGGCGGGCCCGUCGGUCUCACGGCCGCCCACGCCCUCCAACACGCCGGCAUAGAUUUCGUCGUCCUCGAGCGCCGAAGUUCCAUCUACGACGAUGUCGGCGCCAGCUUGGUCCUUCGGCCCUCGAGCCUGCGCGUCAUGCACCAGCUCGGCCUGCUCGACAAGCUGCGGAGCAUCGGUACCGCCAUACACACUGGAGGCUCUUUUACCGCCGAGGGCUUCAAGUUUCGGCGCGGCGACGAAGUAUUCCCCGCCAUCCAGGCCAACCUCGGAACACUCCCACCUGCAUCCACGCAAGCAAGCGCGUCACCUACAUCGCCUCCCUCCUCCGACGCCCCCGACGCCCCGGCCCCCGCCCGCGUCACCUGCGCCGACGGCUCCAUCUACGAAGGCGACCUCGUCCUCGGCGCCGACGGCGUCCACUCCAUCGUGCGCCGCAUCAUGCGCGCCCAGCUCCUCGCCUCCGACCCCGCCCCCGCCCCCGCCUCCGCCGACAUCGACCCCGAAAAUCCCUUCACCACCUACUACCGCACCAUGUGGUUCAGCUUCCCCGCCCCGAGGCUUGCCUCCCGGGCUCCUCCUCCGACACCCACGCCGACGAAACUCGACCACCCCACCACGGAGCGGAGAUCCUACUCGGAGCAGGAGCGCGCGCAGUACUGGCGCCUGUUCCGGGACCUCGCCGUCACGGACAAGUAUAAAGUCGGUGACCUCUACCCUACCCGCUACAGCGACGGCAUGGCCAACCUCGAGGAGGGCGUCCUGCGGCGCUGGCACCACGGGCGCAUCGUCCUCGCCGGCGACGCCUGCCACAAGGCCACCCCGAAUCUCGGCCUCGGCUUCAACAACGGCCUCCAAGACGUCGUCGCUCUCGUCAACCGCCUGCACCCCCUCCUAUCCUCUCCCUCUCUGGCCCCAGAGCAUGCCGAUGCGAAACCGGACGCGCAAGCGCUCGAUGUCGCGCUCGCCGGCUACCAGACUGCCCGGAUGCUCCUGGCGCCGGACGACCACUACAUAUCCAGCGUCGUAACCCGACUGUGGGCUUGGCAUAACACUAUUUAUUGGUUUCUCGAUCGCUACCUCCUCCCCAUCCUACCGGGCAUGGAUGCGUGGGUCGCGAACGCGUCCGCCCAGGCAGAAUGCAAAGGCGAGGUCCUCGACUACAUCCCUGCCGACGAGCCCUUUGUCGGCAAGGUUCCUUGGGUGCACGCUAUGCCUUCUUUGGUCGCAAAGGAUUCUGCCUAG